AUGCCACCGGAAAUUUGCCUCGAUUGGCUAUUGUGGCUGGCUGCUCGCCGCAUGUCCAGCAGAUCACCACCCAAUGGCAGCCUCGAACCGGCGCGUCGUGAUGGGGUCCCCUGGGCGGCCAACGGUCUGGCCGGCUUGGCGGGACGACAAGGACGAGAUAGUUUACACACACAGACACUCCCCUCAACCGGUCCCAAGAGAGCGCAUGUGAAUGCCGGUCCCGUACAGGACGAACCAUGGCUAACUAUGAAUGAACUACGGCGCACCACCACUCUUAUGCCCGUCCAGCCUGGCUCUGGCUGCCUGGCUGUCCAACAUCUCGCCCAGCGGCACGCCCAUUGGACGGCUCAGGAGUCAUGUCUCGACGCGCUCCGCCGCGUCGUUUGGGGCGUCGAUCGCGGAAAGGGAGGCUUUUGGUCGCUCGUCUAA